AUGCCAAAGGAAAAUUUGAUCUUUAAACUGGACAAUUUAGAGUACCAGUACCAUCACCUGAAUGGAACUUUGAGCGAGUUCAAACCGCGCUUGAAGAACACUUCAAAAACGUUCAAUGCUAAAGGAAAGAAAACCUCGAAAAAGAUCAGUAAAUUACUGGACUCUGCAAGCUUGAAAGAUAUUAAUCGUCAAUUGACCAACUUGCGUGCUGAAAUCGUGCAGAAAAAAGCGUUUCAUUUGGAAAAUAAGCUCACAAGUCUGUUAGAAAAGACUCUACAACAACAGUAUGCGUCUCUCAAGAAAAAACAUACAGAGAAGAAUGAAGAUAAGCUUAAGACUCUCACAGAACUAGAUGAGAAAUACAAACUUCCCAUUUUUUGCAGACUGUUUGCAAAAUCAAGAACUUGCAAGUUGUUGGUAGCGAAAAUUACGCCUUCGAAAUCCUCGAAAGAUGAUCCUCCAGCUUGGUUCAAAGACAGCGAAUACUUCCAGGCAGCGCAAAACAAGACCCAAACCUAUAACCCAAGCCGCGUUUGGAACGAAGUGGUGACCACUACAAAUGGAUGUGAAAAGCUCUUGAGUCAGGCUAUGGCAGGACAGAAAGUGAAGGAACUUUUGACGGCCUUUGACAGUGGUAUGGACAUGUUUCUCAAUACAAAGAAAGCUAAGGAGAAUGAGCUACCGAAGACAUCUGAAUCGGCAACAAAAGCCGCUGUUGAUGAUUCAGAAUCCGACUCGAGCUCGGAAUCUGAGUACGAAGAAGACAGUGAAGGUGGAUCGAGCGAUGGUGCUCGAAACCCUUCUACCGAGCUUCCUGAGGGUGUGGAUGAAGACGAAAUUUUAAAACAGUACGAAGGCUUGCUAGUCGGUUCCGAUGAAGAAGAUGAUGAAUCUGCAAUGCCCACGUUAGACCCUUCGGUGAAUUAUAACGAGAUUACGGAUGAGGAGCCCAGCGACUCAGAGGAAGAGUACGACAUAGAGCUAGGUGAUAACGAUUCAGAUGAGGAGCCCGCUUCCAAACGACAGAAAAUAGAAAAAAUCAAGAAAAAGGACAAAAAGAGCAAGGAGACUGCCGCCCUUCCUGAACUGAUGACUGGUUACUACAGCGGUGGUUCAGAUGAUGAGUUUUCAGAGGAUGAAGUGGCUUCAAAACAAAUAGCCAACGAGCCCAAGCGUAAAAACAGAAGAGGUCAAAGAGCCCGGCAAAAGAUUUGGGAGAAGAAAUUCGGUAAAAAUGCCAAGCAUGUCCAGAAGCGGAUGGUUGAAGAGCAGUCUGAAAGACAGCAAAGACAAGCUGAAUAUGAAAUGAGAGUUGCAAAGCGUGCUAGCAAAGCUCGGGAAAGAGAGGAGACACAGAGCCGUGAUACUAACGCACAAAAGUCUCGUGAAGUAAGUGCUAAAGAUACGCAAAUGCACCCUUCAUGGGAGGCCAAGAAACAAGCAGAAGAAAAGCAAAAGGCGGCGAAAUUCCAAGGUAAAAAGAUCGUUUUUUGA